AUUGUAUUUCCAAAUCAGAAACACUAAGAAAGAAGGGAAGGCUGACCAAAAAGAAUAGUAAGUUGCUUCUAACUGAAACAAUGGAUUCGGAUACCCACAAAAGCCAAUUGAUAAUAUCACGUCUUCAAGCAACCAAUCCCUAUAUUGCCAUUAUUAUUAUUAUUAUUAUCACUAUUGUAGAGGGAGAGGCUAGCUAAAGGCUAAGAGCCUCACCUAACAAAAGGAAAACUCUUGCAGACUGGAAAGAGAGAGUCUGAGACACAGAAACUGAGAGAUCAUGGAGGAGGAACUGGUGCUGCAAAACCUAUUCAAUGGCGAUCGAGAAACGCAGAUUGAGGCCGCCACUGAACUCGGUAAAUUGAAUAGCAAGCAAAGGCACAAGUUGGCUGAGAGAGGUGUCAUGGUUCCAUUGAUAUCAAUGCUUCAUUCGCCAGAUGUUGAAACCAUUAAAGCUGCUCUGUUUUCUCUGCUUAGUCUUGCCUUUGGCAGUGAAAGGAACAAGAGCAUGAUUGUGAAAUCUGGGGCUUUACCGGUGUUGCUGAAUCUCCUUCGAUGCGAAAGCGAGGCACUGAUUGAGCUCACAAUAGCAGCUUUGUUGAUUCUCUCAUCUUGCAAGACAAACAAGUCAGCAAUUGCCAAAUCUGGAGCCAUCCAACUCAUGGUUGAAAUUCUCAACAUGAACAACGUGAUUAUUAGUAUGCAAGCCAGACUUGAUGCCAUAGCCGCACUCCACAACCUCUCAACCUGCCAUCAGAUUGUACCUUCUUUGGUCUCUUGUGGCGUAAUAUUUUCCUUGCUGCAAAUAAUCCAGUACAGCUUGGAAAAACCAGGCCAGCUGGUUGACAAGGCAAUUGCACUGCUUGACGACAUCAUUUUUUCAUCGAAGAACGCACUCAAGGAAGCUGCUGCUACGCAUGGCGCGAUUAGGGCACUGGUUGAGAUAAUUGAAGAGGGGUCAAUGGAGCGCAAGGAGCAUGCAGUGAGAAUACUCCUACUUAUAUGCCAGAGCUGCAGAGAAAUAUACAGAGGAUUGAUACUCAAGGAAGGAGCAAUGCCUGGACUGCUUCAGCUGAGCGUGGACGGAACAUGGAGGGCUAAAACUAUGGCACGGGAGUUGCUGUUUCUAUUGAGAGACUGGUCAGGCUCAGGUUAUGGUUCGAGCAACCAGCAGUCGAGGAAUAGGGUUAUAGAACAGAUUAUGCAAGAAAUUGAUGCAGAAGAAGAGAGAGUUGUGGGGACAAGUACAACAGCGUUAAGGCUGGUGGAGGAGAUGCUUGCAAAGCUCAGUGGUAUACCAUGAUCUCGACCAACUAUUUAUGAUUAUCAAAUUAUACGAGUUUUGGUCCUGUAGGCUGUAGGUAGACUUACUCAUUGCAUCAUUGUGAAAAUGGUGCCCUCUCUUCGUAAAUAGAAUUGGCUUUCGGAACCUCUUAUGACAAUUUAAUAUGUGAUUGGAUCUUUAACUCUGACCUUUUCUACAGCUUAAGAUGUUAAGAACAUAGUCGUUCAUCUCGUUUAUUGAAUAAACGACAAGGGCAACAAUGCCGUUCUCUGUUUCUCUCAAACUUCAUAAACGUCAAGGUUUAGAUUUCUUUCCAGUGGAGAUUUAAUAUUAAUUUUAGCAUUAAAUAAAAAAAGAUUCGGGAGGAAGGUCAGAACUGCUGCAAACUGCAAAGUAUCCCAUUCUUCCCAAUUGAAAAAAGGUCACAUAAAUAUAUACCCAAAAUAAAGAAAAAAGAAAACAGGGAAUGUGACGAAGGAAA